GCCGUGCUGGACACCCUCGGUGCGGCGAGGGCGCCGGCGCUCACCGCCCCUACGUGCUCCGGGUGAACGGGCAUGGCUCCGCCCCUGGCGUCGGGCAGGGACCGGGCGGGUAGCGAAGAUGAAGACCGCUGGGAGACGCGGAGGAACCGCAAGGCCCGGAAGCCUCUGGUGGAGAAGAAGCGGCGCGCGCGGAUCAACGAGAGUCUACAGGAGUUGCGGCUGCUGCUGGCGGGCGCGGAGGUGCAGGCCAAACUGGAGAACGCCGAGGUGCUUGAGCUAACGGUGCGGCGCGUCCAGGGCGCGCUGCGGGGCCGAGCGCGUGAGCGGGAGCAGCUGCAAGCGGAAGCCAGCGAGCGCUUCGCCGCGGGCUACAUCCAGUGCAUGCAUGAGGUGCACACGUUCGUGUCCACGUGCCACGCCAUCGAUGCCACCGUCGCCGCUGAGCUCCUGAACCACCUGCUGGAGUCCAUGCCGCUGCGCGAGGGCAGCAGCUUCCGGGACCUGCUAGGAGACGCCCUGGCCGGGCCGCCUGGAGCCCCUGGGCGGAGUGGUUGGCCUGCGGGAGGGACCCCGGGGUCCCCAAUGCCCAGCCCACCAGGAUCGGGAGACGAACUGUGCUCCGACCCGGAGGAGGCCCCGGAGGCUGAACUGAGUCGGGCAGCUGCUGAAGGGCCGGACUUGGUGCCUGCAGCCCUGGGAAGCCUGACCGCCUCCAGAAUAGCCCAGAGUGUCUGGAGGCCUUGGUGACCAACGCCAGCCGGAGUUCUGCGGGGGUGGUCUGGCCCUUCCAUGCUCUACUCCCGUCUCUCUGGGGGUCACGUGUAGUGGGGUGGGGCCCUGGGAGUCUCCCAGAUCUGCCCUUCCUCCUGCUCCAGUGGAUGGCUUGCAAGCAGUCUCUGACGACCAGCCAGUCAGGUCCCUAACCCUGUUUUCCUGAGGAAGUGACAUUUACGAGCCCUGCAGCUCUGGGGUGGGUGGAGGGGGCUACAGGCAGGAGGAAAUAUCUUGCAGAGCCACCAAGGCUCUCCCAGGCUCACACUUCCCAGCCUUCUCUGGCACUGUGUGGGGUCUGAGGGCAGGGGUGGCAGGAGUGGUGCUGGGCGAGGGGCACUCAAACCCUAACAGCCCUGAGCUAAAUAGAAGUUUGAAUUUGCCACUUCCGCCAGGAGAUGGGAGGAGGCAGGUGGGUGUGUCUGAGAUGCCAGAAGGAAGCCAGGCUGUUUGAUUGUAGCACACUUGAGGUUGUGUAUUUGGUUGCCAUAAAAUGUUUCAAUUUUAUUAAAUAAAGAGUUUUGGAGUUUGUUAACCUUGAA